AUGGAGAUGGGCAGAGAUGGACAGCUAGGCUGGAGAAGACUUGUGGCAAGGUGGCAGCUGGAGGAGAGGCUGUACGACUCGGUGGCGCUGCCUGUAUGUCUCGUGGCAAGGCCAAAACAAGAACCCCCGUGCCAGUGCCCCGGACCGCCUCGGUGUUCACUCCCGCCCAGCCCCGCCCACAGAGUCUGUUGGUGGAGCCCUCAAGGAGGCGCCUGGCUGAGGGUGACCUUUGAGGAUGUGGCUAUGUACUUCUCCUUGGAGGAAUGGGAUCUCCUUAAUGAGGCUCAGAGACAUCCGUACCACAAUGUGAUGCUGGAGAACUUGGCACUUAUAACCUCCUUGGAUUGUUGGCAUGGAAAGCAGCACAUGGGAUAGAAGUACUUCAGGAGCAACAUGGGCAGAGCCUCAGUUGUAAAGGACUGCAAAUUCUCUGUAUCAGGGAAACCCUUUUCCUAUGGAGAGGCUGUGAAGGACUUCCUAGCCAGCUCAGGAUUUCUCCAGCAUCAGGCCACAUGCACCAAGGAGAAGUCAAAGAGGAGAACUGAGUGUAGGGCAGCCUCUCACAGGGGAAAAACUAUAUGUAACUCUGGAGAAUACACAAAAGACUUCAAUUGCAAAUGCACACUUGUUGAACACCGGAGAGUUUUCACUAGAGAAAGAUGCUACAUGUGCAGUGAAUGUGGAAAGUCUUACAGCAAAAGCUAUAGCCUCAAUGACCAUUGGAGAGUUCAUACUGGGGAAAAGCCUUAUGAGUGUGGGGAAUGUGGGAAGUCCUUUAGGCAAAGCUCUAGCCUCAUUCAACACUGGAGAGUUAACACUGGAGCAAGGCCUCAUAAGUGUGACUUACGUGGAAAAUUAUUUAGCAACAAGUCCAACCUCAUUAAACACCAAAGAAUUCACAUCAGAGAAAGGCCUUAUGAGUGUAAUGAAUGUGGCAAAUCCUUUAGUGAAAGCUCUGCACUUCUUCAACACCAGAGUGUUCACACUGGAGAAAGGCCUUAUGAGUGCAGUGAAUGUGGGAAGUUUUUAACCUACCACUCCAGUCUCAUAAAACACCAGAGAGUUCACUCUGGAUCAAGGCCCUAUGCAUGCAGUGAAUGUGGAAAAUCUUUUACUCAAAACUCCAGCCUCAUUGAACACCGCAGAGUUCAUAGUGGAGAAAGGCCUUACAAAUGCAGCGAAUGUGGGAAAUCUUUUAGCCAAAGCUCUGCGCUUCUUCAGCAUCAGAGAGUUCACACUGGAGAAAGGCCUUAUGAGUGCAGUGAAUGUGGGAAGUUCUUUACUUACAGCUCCAGUCUGUUAAAACACCAGAGAGUUCACACUGGAUCAAGGCCUUAUGAGUGCAGUGAAUGUGGGAAAUUUUUUACUCAAAACUCUAGUCUCAUCAAACACAGAAUUCACACUGGAGAAAGGCCUUAUGAGUGUAGUAAAUGUGGGAAAUCUUUUAACCAUAGCUCUAGCCUCAUUAAACACCAGAGAGUUCACACGAGAUAA